AUGUGUGCUAGGACGUCCUCCAGAAGCGACGCGCAUUGUCCUCGCCCGGGCAAUGUAUCAAAUAUGCGAGGGCUACCGGCUAGAGAACAGAGAUUGCAAAAGAAGUUAGUCCGCCAUCGCCAACAAUAUCCAGUGGCAACACUUAACGUUGGGACGCUUAUUGGAAGAAGUCGUGAAAUGGCAGACAGUCUCAGAAAACGCCGUGUUGACAUAUGCUGUGUACAGGAGAUUCGCUGGAUAGCCCUAACGGAAUUAGGCGAUGGCUACAAGCUCACCUACCACAGCAAAUCAAAUCGCAAUGGCGUUGGCAUCAUAUUGAACGAGACGUUUAGAAACAGCGUCACAGCGGUGGAUCGACUAUCGGAUCGCCUGAUAAAGUAA